CUCAUUUUCCUUCACCGGAAAUGGCAAGACUGGCAUCGUAAGCUGCAGUAACUGACAAAUAUGGGCGGGAGGCGAGGUCGCACGCAGCGUAAACACUUCAGGCAACCCAGAGAGAACGUGUGGAAGAAGAACAGAUCGGAUAAUCCUUCUUCCGAGAGCUCUACAUGGGAACCUUUUGCUACUCAGAACCUCGCUUUCGAGGAAUACUACAGGGAGCAAGGAAUAGUGCCCGAUGAAGAAUGGGAUGUGUUCAUGGAGAUGCUUCGGAAACCAUUACCGGCUGCUUUCAGAAUCAACUCCAGUGGCCAGUUUUUCAUGGACAUCCGGUUGCAGUUAGAGAACGACUUUAUGAAAUCUCUUGAGGCUGAGGUCACUGAUGGUGAAGUGGAGGCUAUUCGGCCAUUGCCCUGGUAUCCAGAAAAUCUUGGUUGGCAUUUAAAUUUCUCCCGCUUGCAGCUAAGGAAGAAUCAAACCCUUGAGAGGUUCCAUGAGUUCUUGAAGCAAGAAAAUGAAAUUGGAAACAUCACGAGACAAGAAGCUGUCAGUAUGGUACCUCCUCUAUUUUUGGAUGUGCAUCCGCAUCAUUUUGUACUUGAUAUGUGUGCAGCUCCUGGUUCAAAAACGUUCCAAUUACUUGAGAUUAUACACCAAUCAACUGAACCUGGAUUGCUACCUGAUGGAAUGGUUAUCGCAAAUGAUGUUGAUAUCCAAAGAUGUAAUCUUCUUAUCCACCAGACAAAAAGAAUGUGCAGUGCAAACUUGAUAGUUACAAAUCAUGAGGCCCAACACUUCCCUAGCUGUCAUUCGAACAAAAAUUACUUGGAUACAUCUGAAACAGGAAGUUUCAAGGAUGCAAUGAUUAAUCAACUCCUAUUUGACCGUGUCUUAUGUGAUGUUCCCUGCAGUGGAGAUGGCACCCUUCGAAAGGCUCCUGAUAUUUGGAGGAAGUGGAAUGCCGGAUUGGGCAAUGGGCUUCAUCGCCUCCAAGUGCAGAUUGCCAUGCGAGGUAUACAGUUGCUUAAAGUUGGUGGAAGAAUGGUUUACUCAACCUGCGCAAUGAAUCCAGUUGAGAAUGAAGCGGUGGUUGCUGAGAUUCUCCGCACGUGUGGUGGAUCAGUUGAACUUCUAGAUGUCUCCACCGAGCUCCCUCAAUUGGUUCGGCGGCCUGGCCUUAAGAAAUGGAAGGUUAGAGAUAAGGGCAUUUGGUUAGCUUCCUACAAAGAUGUUCCAAAAUUCCGAAGAGUGGCGAUUGUUCCAAGCAUGUUUUCUUCCGGUAAUAGCUUGGACACAAGAAAUGCUUUGUCUGGUGGUUUGCAAGAAGAUAUAGACGCACAUCAGGACCAAGAUAUGGGAAAUUCAACUAGCUCUAGAAAGAAACUUCAGAAUGGCAGUAAUGUUGAUUGUGAAGAGGGACUUGUGCAGUUGGAAAGUUUUAACACUCCAACUGUUGUUUUGGAUGACGAAGUUUCUAGUCUUCCUUUAGAACGUUGUAUGAGGAUAUUGCCUCAUGAUCAGAACACUGGAGCCUUUUUCAUUGCUGUAUUUCACAAGCUUUCUCCGUUGCCUGCAACUUUGGAGAAUCAAGGACAAUGUACUUCUGGGAAAAUUGAGUUCCCCAAGAAGUUAUCAGAUCAGUUAAUUGAAGAUACAAAUGGGCAGGAUAUAAAUGUAUCAGAAGAUGGUGCAGAUCAUCAUUCUGAAGUAACAUCUGAUGCUGAUUUACCAGAUAAACAACCAGAGGAAGGUGCUUUGAAACCUGAUCUGAGCGGAGUAUGUCAGGACAAUGAACAUGAGGAAUCCAUAUUGCAUGGGGAUGGGGAGAUUAGUCUUGAGAGUUCAAAAAAGGUGAAGCAAAGAUUACAGAUUCAAGGGAAGUGGAGAGGGGUGGACCCUGUUGUUUUCUUCAGGGAUGAAGCCAUUGUCAAUAGCAUAAAAGCAUUCUAUGGCAUUGAUGAAUCCUUUCCACUUGAUGGUCACCUUGUCACAAGGAAUAGUGAUACUCUCCGUGUGAAGAGAAUUUAUUAUAUAUCAAAGUCAGUUCAGGAUGUUCUCAAGCUGAAUUUCCAAGCUGGACAGAAACUUAAGAUAACUUCCAUUGGCCUCAAGACAUUUGAGCGUCAAACUUCAAGAGAAGGUAUAUCUACAGAAUGUUCUUUUCGGAUAUCAUCAGAAGGGCUGCCUUUGCUCCUCCCAUAUAUCACCAAGCAGAUCCUAUGUGCAUCAUUAGUAGACUUCAAGAACCUCUUGCAAAACAGGACAGUCAAGUUUGCAGAUUUCUUUGAUGCUGAGUUUGGUCAUAAGGUAUCCAAACUCAUGUUGGGCUGUUGCAUUGUUGUGCUGAAAAAAGAAGGUGGAGUUACUUCAGAUCCUAUUCAAGUGGAUGGCUCAACAAUAGCUAUUGGUUGCUGGAAAGGCAAGUCCAAUGUAUUUGUGAUGGUUUCCGAAAUAGAUUCCCAGGAACUGCUUCAAAGGCUUUCUGUGCAACCAGGCAGCGAAAAGGGCUCUUUGGAACAGGAAAGUAGGCCCCUUAAUUUGGAGGCGGAUUUAAUAGGACCUAGUGAUGACCUUGAAGUGAACUAAGAACCUGGAACAAUUGAGCUAGUCCCAAAUGGUUGAGCUAAAUUUUUGGCUGUUUUCAUUUUUCCUGCCCUUUUUGAUGUACUUCUAACUUUUUGGUACAUUGUUGGCUAUAAUUUCGAGCAUGCGG